GUAGGUGCCUUGUACUGAAGUUGAACAGCUACAGACAUGCUCGGUGGUGGGGCCAGGCGAUAGAAGACUUUGUCCGUAAACACGGGAGGGCGUUUCUACGAGACCAUCGAUUUGGUUCCUUUGCCCAGGAGGAGCAGAACAUCCCUGCCAAAUGGUAUGUGAAUGGGAAGACCUACAUGGAGGACGUAGCCGAUGCUCUGGAAGAAGCUAAAGAAGAGAUCUUCAUCACUGACUGGUGGUUGAGUCCAGAGAUCUUCCUGAAGAGGCCAGUUGUGGAGGGAAACAAAUGGAGACUGGACUGCAUCCUCAAACGCAAAGCACAACAGGGGGUUCAUAUCUUUGUGAUGCUGUAUAAGGAGGUGGAGCUAGCUCUAGGCAUCAACAGUGAAUACAGCAAGAGAACACUAAUGCACCUGCACCCCAACAUCAAGGUGAUGCGCCACCCGGACCAUGUGUCGUCGUCUGUCUACCUGUGGGCGCAUCACGAGAAGAUCAUCGUCAUCGACCAAUCAGUGGCCUUUGUUGGCGGGAUAGACCUGGCAUACGGUCGCUGGGACGACCGAGAGCAUCGCCUGACAGACGUGGGGAGUGUGACACGCUCUGUUGCCCUGGAGAUGGAGCAGUCUCAGAGCUCUGCCCACCAUCCCUCCAGUAGGGGAGUGUCCUCUACUGAUGGUGCCGCCAAUAGCAACGGAGGCAACCAAUCACUGCCUGGCAACCCAGGGGUGGAGCUUCCACGGCUGAAGGGGAUUGGACGAACCAGGAGGAUGCACUUCUCCCUGGUCAAACAUCUCCACAAACACACUCUGCAGCAUGCAGACAGCAUCAGCUCCCUAGACAGCGCUGGCAGUGGUUCAGUGCGGAGCCUCCAGACAGGUGUAGGAGAGCUGAGGGGUAACACCAGGUUUUGGCAUGGAAAAGACUACUGCAACUUUGUCUACAAGGACUGGAUACAGCUGGAGAAACCCUUCGAUGACUUCAUUGACAGGUACACCACUCCCAGGAUGCCGUGGCAUGACAUCUCCUCUGUGGUCCAUGGGAAAGCUGCGAGGGACGUGGCCAGACACUUCAUACAGCGCUGGAACUUCUGUAAGAUAAUGAAGCCUAAGUAUCAUUCUCUCUCCUACCCGUACCUUCUGCCCAAGUCUCACAGCAGUGCCAGCGAGCUGAGGUACCAGGUGCCCGACUGUGUUCCCACUAGAGUACAGGUGUUGCGGUCAGCAGCUGACUGGUCAGCAGGUAUUAAGUAUCAUGAGGAGUCCAUCCACAACGCCUACCUCCAGACUAUCGCCAGGAGCAAGCACUUCAUCUACAUAGAGAACCAGUUUUUCAUCAGCUGUUCUGACAACAAGAUGGUCUAUAACAAGAUCGGAGAAGCGCUCAUCGAGAGGAUUCUCAGAGCUCACAAAGAAGGCAAGAAGUUCCGUGUGUACGUGGUCACUCCACUACUUCCUGGAUUUGAAGGUGACAUCACAACAGGGGGAGGAAACGCCCUUCAGGCCGUCAUGCACUUCAACUACAGGACCAUGAUCAGAGGUGAAUACUCCAUCAUCUCCCAGCUGAAGAAAGAAAUGUGUGUGUGUGUUCCAGUGGAUGAGCUCCAGUGGAUGAACUACAUCUCGUUCUGUGGUCUGAGGACCCACGCUGAGCUGGAGGGACGCCUGGUCACAGAGCUCGUCUACGUCCACAGCAAGAUGCUCAUCGCAGACGACAACACUGUCAUCAUAGGUUCGGCCAACAUCAACGACCGCAGCAUGUUGGGGAAGCGUGACAGCGAGGUGGCGGUGAUCAUUGAGGACUCUGAGACCGUUACCGCGGUGAUGGACGGACAUGAGUACCAGGCCGGACGCUUUGCACUGGCGCUACGUCUAGAGUGCUUCAGGACUAUCCUUGGAGCUCAUAUGGACACGACCAUAGAUGUGUCUGACCCUGUCUCUGACCGCUUCUAUAAGGAUGUCUGGAUGACCACCGCUGGACGCAAUGCAACCAUCUAUGAGAAGGUGUUCCGGUGCCUGCCGUCCUCCCUGGUUCGUAACAUGUCUGAGUUAGAGAGUUACCAGACGAACCUAGGCCUGGCUCAGUCGGACCCAGGUAAAGCCCAAGAAGAGCUAAGGAGGAUCAGAGGGUUCCUGGUUCAAUUCCCUCUGGACUUCCUCUCAGAACAGAACCUAAUGCCUUCUGUUGGGACCAAGGAGGGCAUGGUGCCUACUGAGAUCUGGACCUAGAGGACUAGAUACACACACACACACACACACACACACACACACACACACACACACACACACACACACACACACACACACACACACACACACACACACACACACACACACACACACACACACACACAGGACAAGACACACACACAGAUCACUGCAUUGAACUGUGGAUCUUUAGAAUGAAGUUGAACUCUGGACCUCCAGCUGAUAGCUGACAACUUAAACCACAAACAUGGAGGACCAUGAUGCUGCUUGGCCCGUCACAUCCACAACUCUGCCAAUGAGACUGCUUGCCACGCGGACCAAUGAGGAAGUGCAGGGUUCUCAUAUCCAUUCAGGAGGACGCAACACUACAGGAUAUUCAGAUAGAAAUAUAUUGUGUAGAGCAGAUCAUCACCUCUCAUCAUGUAGGUUAGGGACCUGGUUAGCUCCAUAUUCAUAUAUUUUUAUCUGCAAAUGUAUAGGUUUAAAAUGUUUCACCUGACUGAAUAGACCUGAAGAUGGGUGAAGAAAAUGAGCACCUCAGUUCAAGUAGAACCUCCUUCAUUUCUAAAUGUUUUGUCCUGUUUUGUGCCUUCUGAACGCGACCCUGGACACUCUCCUAUGCCUGUCACCUACUCCGUUGGUUAUGCAUGUUCGUAUGGUCGUAGCACUACGUAAGCGUACAUACCGUCUUUAGCUGUAGUGCCUAAAGUUCUGUUUGUUGUUUUCUAGAAUGGAGGUUGUCUUUGAGGAGAACACAUGUAAAUGUUUACAAUCUAAAUAUGGAAUUGUCCCGUAAAAUCGUAAUUGUAAAACAAGACUUUUAAAGCUCAUCAUAAAUGUUAUGUUAAAUGAACCACAAAAUGUCACGAUAAACACUCACUGAAUUUCAGCAAGAAUCGCAACUACCUACGGCCUUGGGUCUUCUGCAUUUAAGUAUACCUACUGUUCUAUCACACCUUGUAAGUAUUUGUAUUGCCUAUUGUAUAAAUAAUGUAUCAUAUUGCCUAUUAUUUAAUUAAAUCAUCAAUCCCAUCAUUUCUAAA